UCCUUCACCGUAAACGUUUCAAGAAAUUUUCAAAUCUAAUUUCUAACAUAAUUCACUGUGUUUAUGGUAAUUAUGUUUCUUUUUCUUUUUUCAAAAUGACUUUUGAUGCAUAUUUUGUUAUGUGAAAUUUGAAUGGAUUUGAUCAUAUUAUAGGUUUUGGAGGGUUGAAAGAGAGAAGUAUAAGAGUACACAGUAAAUUAUGGCGUACAAGGUGGAUCAUGAAUACGAUUAUCUGUUCAAGAUUGUAUUGAUUGGAGAUUCAGGUGUUGGUAAAUCCAACAUUCUUUCUAGGUUUACUAGAAAUGAGUUUUGCUUGGAAUCCAAGUCUACUAUUGGUGUGGAGUUUGCUACAAGAACUCUUCAGGUAGAAGGGAAAACAGUUAAAGCACAGAUAUGGGACACAGCUGGUCAAGAACGAUACAGGGCUAUAACAAGUGCAUACUACAGAGGAGCAGUGGGUGCGCUCUUGGUUUAUGACAUAACCAAGAGGCAAACAUUUGACAAUGUCCAAAGAUGGCUUCGCGAAUUAAGAGAUCAUGCAGAUUCCAACAUUGUUAUAAUGAUGGCUGGAAAUAAAUCUGAUCUGAACCACCUGAGAGCAGUUUCAGCAGAAGAUGCUCGGAUGUUAGCCGAAAAGGAAGGCCUUUCGUUCCUCGAAACUUCAGCACUGGAAGCACAUAAUAUCGAAAAGGCUUUCCAGUCAAUUCUGUUGGACAUCUAUCAUAUCAUUAGCAAGAAAGCAUUAGCAGCACAAGAAGCUGCUAACUCAACUGGACUUCCUCAAGGAACUACGAUCAAUGUCGCGAAUUUGUCUGGGAAUGUGAACAAGAGACCUUGUUGUACUAAUUAGCAGAGUUCCGGUGUCUUGAAAACUUGAGAAAAGAAGAGAAUCUUGCAUUCCAAGAACAUUUUUCUUUUUUGGAUAUUUCGACAGACAGAUUCUUUUCACCUCCUGUCAUUUACUUUUCCGAAUGGCAAUGUAUUCGGGAGCAGAUUUAUAGUUCACUAGAACCAGUUAACAAUGAAGAAAACAAACUGAUUAUUUACCAGUUUGCAGCUUGUAUAACUGGAGGAAAACAGCAGGAAAGUAUGCUGUCCCUCUAGAGUGUAGGUAAAGAAGGUUUGUAAUUAAGUUUAAUUGUGACCUUGGUUCUCUCAAUUUGUGACACAUCGUUUGAUAAAUCUUGAAGGUGACUGUUAUAGAAUCA